AUGACCAAAUCCUCCAAGAUAGAGAGGCCGUUCAGCAAUAUUGAAUUGGGAAGCGAUGGCGAUGCUUCUUCGCCUACCAAGAUGGGCGCUCCAUCUGACAAACUUGCUCCAUCUCCAGUGCCAUCUACUACGAAGGGCUUCAAAUUAGAAAAAGACGUCUCUGUAACGCCUCCGUCGACCUGCCUCAUAAUUUCCCGCAACAAGCAUUGGCGUCAUAUAUCGUCUUUUCAUGGGCCAUGGCUCCAAUUGCCCACCAAGAUCCUGGAAACCAUCGCUCACAUAAAUUACAACACCCCUCGUCCUCGUCCCGUUGACCCGGCAGUUGUGUUUGAUGUCCUGAAAAUUCGCAAGGCUGUCGACGAAGCGACUGACUUUGCCCUGGGGGCUGCAAGUGAUUCAGCCCCUUCGACGCUUGUCAAUGUGAACGGAGGUGCUCUGAAAUUUAACCCAUUCAGCCACGGUACAAAGCUGAGUAGAGAUAGAAAAUUACGCAUCAGAGCUCAGGCAUGCCAGAAACUUGCCCAUGCAUAUCGAUUGGACGAGAUAGCUUGUAGCGUUGCAGCAAUGCAACGCUCAUCUGCUUUGGAAGAAGUCGGUGGUCUGGUAUUGCAGCGAAACCGGGAUGACCUAAACGCCAAAUAUGUCCACUUUUUCCAUGAAAAGAUUCCGUCGAAGCAAUUGGUCGAGACUACAAGUCUUUCAGCUUUGACUGACAUAAUUGAAUCGGCACAUUACCAAGCAGAAGCCCUUCGUACUCGGGCGGCGGUCAAAGCUUUCCGACAUGAGUUUGAUGGUGCAAUACAAGAUCUUACGGCGGCGCUGGCGCUGGCCCUACAGAGGCACCAUGUUCAGCCUCAUAACUCAACCCAGAGCCAUUUGGGCCCUCGGAAGACCCAGUCUCACGGUAAAGAAAGAAGCAAGGACAUUCUUCUCCCAGAAAAAGACCAGCCAAGUGGUCUUGUGGCACAGCUGCUCUUUCAACGAGCUUCGGUAAACAUCAUGAUGGCUUGCCAGCAUGUCGAUAAUAGCAUUAACCCUUCACCACUUCACAAAUCUCAAGGCGAGAAUGGAAAUCCGAACACAACACUCAAAGGUGUUAGCGAGACACAAGACGUGUCAAACGAGCGGCUUGAGCAUCGAAGGCUUGUGAAAACUCUGGCUAAACGCGCAUUGAAGGACUACACCUCCUUCCUCUCUUACUUUGACUAUUCUCCUAAUCUGUCAAAAGCGACUCUCUCCGAGUUCAACGACCGCGUGGCGCAGGCAGCGAAAGGUAUUGGCAAGCCUCCCAAGUCGUUCGAACAAAAGCACGUUGUAUACCGCUUAUCGGACCUCUUUGCGGCCGUGCCGCCUCCGCAUCUUCCUCCACAUGCUUUUCAAGAAACUAGGGUCCGGGAUGAAGCCAGAAUUGCUGUGCAAACAGGCCCAGAGCCGGAUACAAGCGAAGCAGUCACAUACCAUCCCCUCUUAACUGAAGCUUUGCAUUCCUUACUACUCUGCCACUGUCUUGUGCAAACGUCGGUAAAGGAACUGCAACGUCAUGCUUACAUGGUCGCCCGUCUCGUGCGAUUAUGCGACGGGUAUCCCGUAUUUCACGCCACCCGAUCACCAGCCCGGUCUGACUGGGUAGAAGUCCUCCGCCGGACUAAGGACUGGCUUCUCCUAGGCUCAACCUGGGAGGCUCUAUGCAAGCCUGCCCCCUUGGAUGGCAAGGCGGCAAACGACUUACUAUCGGCAGCUGCCACCUCCCUUCUAAGAGAAGCUGAUGCAGAAACAUUCUCCCCAGACAAUCGAAAGUUCAGGCCUUUGGAGACCUCAUCUCAAGCAGGUGCUCUAGACCGAACAAUUAACCUUGUACCCCUAACAUCAUCCACAUCAUCAUCCAAACACGACCCCUUUCGGCACUGGAAUUCCGAUGACGAAGCCAAGGACUUUCCGUUCCUUACAGGGAGAACAACAGCUAUUGUACGCUGGAUCCAGGAAGUGCCUGUAGUGACAGGCACAGCAAAGAGAAAGAAGCGGCCUAAAAAGGCAAGUGUCAAAGCCGACACGGUGGAGGCCGACAUGAGCAGGUUGGACAUGAACGGAUAA